ACUGCCCCGGGCGGAGAGUGUCACUGUUGAAAAUUUGGUAGUUCGCUGUAAACGUUUUCAGUGCUCAUUUUUUACAAUUAGGCCGGUACAAUACGUAUUGUUUCUGAAACUUAAUAACCACCCGAAAGAUACUUCCAUGCCGAACCAAAUGUCACGCCGCACUGGUACGGAUGGCGGAGGGCGAACGGCGACGGCCAGCUGUGCCAGCGGCAGCAGACUCGAUAGAGACAACAAUAGCAGUUGUGGCAGCAACAGUUCCAACGGCACAGAUAGCAUCAAUGAUAGCGGCAGCCAGCGCCUGUCGAAGCUGCGUCCACUGGCUCGACUGGAUCGCCUGCUACGCCGUUGGCUACCUGGCUAUAAUUAUUUGCGCGGCAUAUCCGCCAGAAGCAGCAGUAGCAGCGGCGUCGACGGCGGCGGCGGCGGCGGCGGUGGUAGUGGUAGGAGAUCGCCCGACACAGUGUCGGCGCCAUUGCCAUUGGACUCCGUCAUGGAGGAGCAGCAGCAGCAGCAACCGCUCACCACUGAGCCACCGCUGUCGGUGCGCAAGCGACGGGACGGUGAGGUGCUACUAGAUGCCGGCAUUGCCAAAUCGGAGUUCUGCUUGAAGCUGGAAAAGCUAUUGAGGGCCAAGUUAAUUGUCAAGGAUUAGCGGAUCAACUCGAAUCGACCUACCACAAGUACUUUGAGAGCCAACAAACUGGUCAUUAAAGGCGUAGUCGUUAUCAUCGAAAUGAACCCACAUCUAUAUUAUAUAUUAAAAGCAAAAUCUCCUUCUUCGAUCAUCCCACCGAACUAAAAUUAUAGUCAAUAAAUUUUUUGAUGAAAUUAAAUCAUUAAUUGAGGUUCAGCAAGUGCCAAGAGUCAAUGAAACAUAUGCGAAAUAAGAUGUCAAGCGAAGCAGUUCAAAACCAGUGUAUCGAUUUAUAUUUUAUAUUGAAUCGAAGAUUUAAUAAAGAUAAUUACUUACAAAUUAAUAGAA